AUGAGCGUGUGCGUCCACGUGCAGCCGCCGUACACCCGGUGUCACAACGGUGGGCGGUGUGUGGACGGACCGGCCAACACUUACCACUGCCAGUGCCGGCCAGGGUACACCGGCGCCACGUGUCUGAUCGACGUCAACGAAUGCGCCUCCUUUCCGUGCCUGAACGGUGGCACCUGCAUCGAUCACAUCAACGCCUUCCAGUGUGUCUGCCAGCCCGGGUUCUCGGGGCGGCUGUGCCAGACGGCGCUGCAGAACUGCGAAGUCAAUGUGUGUGAGAACGACGGCCUCUGCGUGCUGACAGAGGCCGGCGAGGCCUGCCUGUGUCGCCCCGACUUCCAUGGAGAGCGCUGCCAGAGACGGUACAACGACUGCCUACCCGAGCCCAGGUGUCUGCACGGAGGCACCUGUGUGGACGCCGUCGACUCGUUCCAGUGUCAGUGUCCGCCGGCAGCGUCCGGCCGCUACUGCCAGUGCCUCUCCUCCGAGAACGACACCUUCUGCGUGGCGCCGGAGCACAGCGAGCCGCGCGUGGCCGGCCUCCUCCCGCACCUGGUGGUCACCGUCGGCUACAGCACUGUCUUCCACACCUCCGUCGUCGCCACAGAGUACGUCGAGGCCACCGCCAGCGUCGCGUACGACGGGCCAGCCGACGCCACGGAGGAAUUCCGCGAAAGUGUGACGGCGACGACAGAACCGUGGAUUUCGCCAUCGUUUGAGACGACGCAGCCGGGAGCGGAGGCGAUGUCGACGCCUCCACCUGCGUUCUCUGCGUGGGAAGGCGAUGGAGCGACUGCUGUCGUGACGAUUUCCCAGCCUUCAGAGGUCGACUGGGAUGCCUUCAGCCCGCCGCGCGAGCCGGGGGAAGCCCCGCAGACGUCGCCCGUUGAAGGCACGCCUCUGCAGACAGUGCCAAAACCAGAGCUCACUUCACCCACACUGCCACUGCCGGAGUCGGCAUCGCCUUCCAUUGCCAGUACACUGCCUCCGACCGUCUCCAGCUCCCCUGGCCCACCGGGGAUCAUGUCCACUCCCGUGCGAUCAUCGGAGGUCACUCCCGUCACCCCCACACCAGUACCGGUGGCGUCCUCCCAGCUGGUCACUACGAGCCUGGUUAUUCCGCCUGAAGACCAAGUAAGGAGCUCCACGGAUACUUAUUCUACAGACGGAAAAACCACUACUGAUGGUGAUGGUAUGGGAUCCACUGAGGAAACGUCGGCCCGGGUCGAUGACGCUUUUACGCAAACUGAUGAGAUAUCCACACAGGCCGAUGAGACUGGCACGCAAACUGAAUCCACUCCUUCAUAUACAGAAUGGAUCUCUACCCAAAGCGAGAACUUUACCAGAGAUGAUGAUUUGUCAACUCAAACCCCAUACAUCUCGACCACUGAAGAGACGCAAUCGCAGUCUACAAGUACAUCAGCUCAGGAUACGUCGCCUUACACUACGGACUCUUCAACCACUUGGCCAGUAACGAUGUCAACGCAAACUGAGGAAACAUCUACGUCUGAUGUAGCUAUUUCCACAGAGGCCUUCGCAACUUUGCAUACAUUUUCACAAGAGCCAUCAGAAGAACGUGGAAGAAGUACAACUGAGGUCGAUCAGACAACCACCGAGGAGGCAUUGACAAGUUUAGGAACUGCCACGCCGGGAGGAACUUCCACAUCAUCCGAUGUCAGCACAGCUAUCGUAUCCACAACUGAUUUUAACGCAAGGGAACAGACCACAACUUCUUAUUUCCCUGUUGUGGAAACCGAGGCAACACCAGAGUCCAUCGCUGGCACUUCAACGCUUUCAACUGAGUCGGUCACCGAAGAAACAUCGCUUGAAGUCGAGGGAACAAGUUCGUCGACAUCAACGGAAUCUGCAGAGAGUUCUGUUGUCACACCAGAAGGAAGGACGGAUCUGCCUUCUACGGCAGCGUAUGCCACAACUGAACUCCUAAACGUGACAAACGCGACAGACGUAUCUGUCGCAGAAAGCACGACAGCAUCAUCAGCAUCGUAUACUUCCACUACCGAGCAAGAACAUGUGACUGUCACCGCUGAAUCCGCCAUCGCGGAAUCGGGAUUCACAAUCUCCACAACAACGGAAGUGUUUACGACACCUUAUUCCAGCACAGAAUAUACGUCCACGGAAGCCGAGGUAGCUUCCACAGAAGCGUCCACACAGUUCGAUCCCGCGACGGAGGAAUCACACACUUUAUCCGAGUCCACCACCAAGGAAACAUCGACGUUGCCCGAUGACGAUAAAACGUCAUUAACUGUUGCGUAUGAUGUUACCACAGAUGUGGCUAGCGAGCCUUCCACACUGCCUGAUGCCGGUGUUACAGAGACAUUAUCUUCAACGGAAACAAUGGACAUCACAACUGAGCCAAACACUGAACCAAUCCUAACGAUGACAUCAACUCCGUCAGCCGAAGAAAAACAGAACACCACUCAUCAAACGUCACUGCUACCUGAAAAUGCAACUACCUCGGCACCGUUUCCAACAGCCACGACAACGGAAAAGACGAUUCCAACAGCCACAGUGACUGGAGGGCCAUCUCCAUUGACACGCGCUCCAGCAACUGAGGCAGCACCACCGUCAGCUGAAGGCGCCACGUCGGACCUGCUGCCGAUCCGCUUCUUCCCCGACACCUACCUCCUCCUGGAGAGUAACGGUGCCGACGAGCCCAUCGAGGAUCCCGAGGAGUACACAGACACGGACCUCCUGGAGGAGGUGCUCAGUGACGAGAGGCAGUUCCUCGGGGACACCGAGUCGACGGCGGCGCCGGUGGCGGACCAUCAUCAAGAGGAGGAGAGGAAGUCUGAGGACGUACAGCCGGAGAUGGACAAACAAAGAGAUGAGAGCGGCAGUGCGGCAAACUCGUUCACAGAAGACGCAAAGAGGGUCAGGCUUAAAAUCAGUUUCGCCACGCUGUCGGAGGACGGCGUCGUGCUCAGCUCGCUGCCCACUGGCGUGCCGCCCUGGUAUCGGCUCUUCCUCUCCGGUGGCCUCCUAAGGCUCGCGUUCGCCUGCUCCGGCCGACAGGCCACCUCGUUCAUCGAGACUCAGGCCAAGGUCAACACGGGACGACAGGUCACCGUGCACUUCGUGCUGCGCUGGAUACCUGGACGGUCGGCCGGGGCGGCGGCCACCUGCCGCGCGGCCAUGCGCCUCGAGGGCUCCCCUGUGACCGUAGCUCAGCAGUUCGCCGAUCGGCCGCUGGAUCGCAGGGUGGCGCUAGUGGUCGGCAGCCCGCCCCGAGAGCCGGGCUUCGGCGGAUUUCUGCUCCAGCUGCAGGUGAACGGCCAGCGGUUCGACGAGCUGUCGCUGAUCGUGGCCGACAGCGUGGGCGAGUCGCGCUCGCCGUGUGACGAGGCCGGCUGCCGGCACAACAGCACCUGUCACCAGGUCACCUGGAUGGAGGUCCGCUGCCAGUGCCAGCCCGGUUUCAGCGGCGCACGGUGCGAGCUCGCCCCCUGCGACCCGGCGCCGUGCGGUCCCGGCGCACAGUGCGCCCUCCUCUCCACCGGGCAGUCCAUCUGCCUGUGUCCGCUCGGAAGGACCGGGCCCUGCUGUCAGACGGAGACGACAUACCCCGGAGCCCGGUACCAGUUUCACGGCUCCACCGGCGGUCUCUCCUCCCACCUGGCUCUUGACGUCACCGGCAGUCUACGCCAUCAGUUCUGGAUGUUCUUCCAUCUGGCCACAAACCAGACGGAACAGACUUCACUGCUCGCCCUUCUUAUGGACACGGAGUCAGAGCGGCCGGAGACAGCCAUGGAACGUCAAAACCUGACAGUCAUGCUGGACGAGUCUUCGAGCACAGUCUCGGACACCGAGGUCGCCGCUGCGAUGCCACCUCCGUCAAACACAAAUACGACCGCGCUGGAGGUCGGAACGGAGCCCGAGCGGCCGUGGAGGGACGCCGGCGGCGACUUUUUCGCCGUCAUCCUCAGUCGAGGCUACGUCACCGUGACGUGGCACCUGGGCUCAGGCAGCAAGCGUCUGAUGUCGGAGGCGCCGCUGGACCCCGAGAUGACCGUUCAAACGGUGCGGGUCGGCCGCAGGGCCCAGCGCGUCUGGCUCCAGGUGAACGCCCAGCGCGUGGUGACCGCCCGGGCGCCGGGCGACUACACAAAGCUGGACGUGCGCAACGUGCUGCAUAUAGGUGGAUAUAGCGGUACACAGGACCACGCGGCGCUACCGGCCGACCUGGGCUCGUACCCCGGCUACAGGGGCUGUGUGUUCGACCUGCGCCUCGGCCUGGGGUCCUACAGAGGUGUACCUCUGACGGUGCUCGGAGGCCGGAACGUGACGCCCUGCCGCCUGGACCACUGUCAGGGACUGUCCCAAGGCUGCGCGCCGGCGGGGUCACGCCCGGUCAGACACCGGGGCCCGUGACCAAUGAGCACGCCUCGCGAUCCGUCCACCCACCGCUCCCCACACGCCGUCCAGUGGUGGACGAACCUGCUGAAUGGGGACGGCGUGGGGGCCCGGCGUCCGGUCAGCAUGCCGCGUCCGACGCCGUGAGGGGAGGGCUGCACGGACCGGGUCAGACAAAGGUCAAAGGUCGGAUACGGGGGAAUGGCGGAGAUGGAUUGACUCCAACGGAACCCGUAACGUAGGAUGUUGAUGUGGGCAGUGAAUGACAAAGCAAGGUCUACCCAUCAGGCGGGGAAUUUAUUACACCGAGUCAUGUCAUGGUGCAAUACUUAGCAUGGGUAGCAAUGCCAAAGAAGUGUUCACUGUUGGAGCAAAGUGUUCUGUGUAAUAACCCAAUGUUAGCUGGUGGGAUCGUUUUAUCGUGAAGCUGUUGCUCGCAAUACCGACAGGCGUGUCGCUUAUGCCGUUCAAGAGGAAUUUUUUUCGAUGUUUGCAAUGUUUACCAAGGCCGAUUAGAGUAGAAUACCGUCAAAUUGCAUAAGUGGAAGGCUAGGGAUAACAUAUGUAUGUCCCAGGCUGCUGUCAUCGCGAUUUAUCUGAAGACAAAGUCCCGCAUUGGAGUACCUACGGAUAACACGGAACGGUCUCUCCCGAAUAAUAUCGGGCGUAUACAAAACUGUGAGCCUUUUUGUGUGUUAGGGUACAACUGUCCAAGGUCUGCUAUAAUUAUUUGGUAAGACCAGCUAGGGCAUGAAGCAUGGUAACUGAUUGCUGACAACAAGCCAAAUGUCCACACUUUAAACGUCGUUCGUUGUUUGCCGAUUGCUAUAGCUAUAUCCCCUGGGCAACUAAAGCGAUGUAGCAGAGGCAUGCACCGUUAAUGUUGAUCUCGUGCUUUAAUGAGCAGCUUAGCGUUCCACUUUAUGCCAUCUAGAAAAGUUGGAUACCUAUCGAGUGUGUUUUCCAGUGAGAAGGCAGAGAAGACGACAGAUCAGUUUUAAGCAGUUGUAAAUUGUAAUGCAUUGUUGUGUUGUGUGACCUUAUAUGGGUACUGUUUUUUUUUUUCGAAAGACACUGCCGCUGGAAAAAGUGUAACUCUCCUAGACUUGUUUCUGCAUGCUGUGUUUGUGCAUUUUGAAGAUGUGUCAUAAUGCUUGUACUGAGAAGAAGAAUGUUCAUAAUACAUUUUUAUACUAUG